GAGAGGGCGUAGAGGGGCGCCAGUGGGCGGCAGGCGCGGGACCAGCACGGAGCCGGGCGGGAGGAACCGCGGGCCGGAAGGGCGCGCAAACCUGCCUUUGGAGCUGGGGAUGGGGAGCUCUCAGGUUUGCAUUGCUCGUGUUGAAUACAGUGAAUUAGAAAAAGCAAGUUGCAGAAUGAUAAGUAUAAUGAGAUCUUAUUUAUGGGGGAAGAUCCAAAGGGCCGGACUCUGUGUGUGCACGUGCAAAUGCGUUGAAAAGGGUCUGACGAAGCUGGGGAGGAGGGUAGGAGGCGGUUGGGAGAGCGGAUUGAAGGGAGUGUACUUAGUAUAUUACACAUUCAGUGCAUGUGCCGCUGAAGCGAGCACAUGUACACGGCAUAUUUGUGAGAAAUUUAACAUUCUUGAUGUUUAGAAUCAAGUGUAAUUGGAAAGAAAAAAAAAAAAAAAAAGAGAUCGCAUCUGGGAAGCUUGAAUAUCCUCUUGCUUCCCAUUCAUAGGGACCUGCUCAGAUUCUCAGAGCACCGGCGAUUUUGAGAGUUAAGGGAAGGUUUUCCAAAUUCUUUCUCUCCCUUCCUUCACUGCUUCACCUCCGCUCCCGUCGGCUUUCUUCAAAAUCCUUCGAAUUGGCCUUUUUCGAGGAGUCUUCCUCACAGCCCUUCUCAUUGUCACAUCGUCCCUGCAAAACCCAUGCUCAAAGAGGAAACAUUGUAAAGAUAGUAAAGCUACUCGCAGGCACAUAAAUAUUGGAAUUAGAUAUUGUUCCUAAACCAUUUUUUAUACAAAUUAAAGUGUUUACAGGAUAUUUCAGUUUUCCCCUAAACGGUUGUACCAAAGUGCUUUUAUUAGAAUGACCACAUGAUGUUAAAUAUUUUUUCAUUUUGAAAUAAUUCCAGACUUAGAAAAAAGUUACAAAAAUUGUACAGAUAAUUCCAUUAUAUCCUUCACUCAGCUUUCACAAAUCUUAACAUUUUACACAACCACAAUACAAUAAUCAUAACUAGGAAAUCAGCAUUGCUACUCUAUUAAACUAAUCUGCAGAUAUGGAUAAAUUCACAUUUCUACAAUUAUCUAACCGAAAUUUUCUUUCUUCUGGUCCAGGAUUCAAUCCAGAACCUCACAAUGCAUUUAGUUGGCACGUCGUGUUUCUUUAAAUCUGUGACAGUUUCUUAGUCUUUCUUUAUUCAUGACCAUGAUACUUUUGAAGAGUACUGGCCAGUUUUGUGGAUUGUCUUUUAAUUUGUGUGUGUCUAGUAUUUUCUCACUGUUAGGGUUAUCCAUUUUGUGGGUCAAGAAUAUCACAAAAGUGAUGUGCCCUUCUUGGUGCACCGUAUCAGGAAGCACAGUAUGUCAACAUGUCUCAUUAAUGGGAAUGCUAACUUUGAUCACUUGGUUAAGGUGGUCUCUGCCAGUUUUGGUCAAUGAAAACUUGUGAUUUUAAUUUUUGUGUUUAAUUAUAGGGGGAAAUGUUCUCAUUAUAUGCAAGAUGAUUUUAGUAUUCUUGACAGUUAUUACUGUAGUAUUUGCUAAAUGGCAAGUUUCUGAGGUUAAAUUUUAAUCUGAAUAUUCGACUGCAUAAUAACUUCCUAAAGAGAUUUGACUAAUACUUUUCUACAUUACACUAGUGAACAAAAGGCAGUUAGAGGUUGUGUAUAGGUAUACUGUGGAAUUAGUGGCCAGAAUGGAAUUUAUAAAUGUAUUUUUUAAUAGAUAACUGCAUUAUAAAUGAAUAAUUCACUAUUCUUAUACUUGUAAAAAAUUGGAUUCUAAAAAUCCCAAUUUACAUGGAUUUAUGAGCUCAUUAAUCGAAUUGCUUUUAUUCUGUGUUUAUACAAAAUAAGCAAAUGUAAACUGUAUUUAAAAAUAGAACAAAGAUAAAAUGUCCUUCCUAUUAUUUCCAAAAUACUUCGAGUUUUAGUCGGCAUUUGCAAGACCGAUACUUAAAUUAACAAUACAUCUGACUCUCAUCCAAUAAUAGUUUACUUUUAUUUCUCUUAAUGUUUGCUGAAAGGAUUUACUGGAAUUCGGAAUGAGUUCUCCACUGCAAGGAAAGUAGACUUCUUCUGGGUGAAACUUAGAGAUCUUUUAAUCCCCUAGUUAUUUGACUGUCACACAUUUUCAUAAACGUCAUUUGAAGAUUAAAUUACCCCUACCGGCAUUAUUAUUGUACAUAGAAAACUGGUCUAAGAUUGGGUUUUAUCGCCAUUUUUCCUGCUUUCAGUAUGAAGGAAAACAGGGGAGUGAGUUUUGUUUUUUUAAAUUUUUUUAUUACCUACCCUUUUGAGUAUCUGAUAUCUAUGAACUGUUUCCCCAGAAAAAUACACAAGCUCACAUAUUGCCUCAGAGUAAAAUGCAAUCCAAUGUUAAAAAUGGUUGGGGGAUUAGAAAGGGAGGGACAAACUGGCUGCCAGGCUGUUAGACACUUCUCAGACGCAGUUUCCCCUCCUGCCAUAUGGCACAGCUCGGCUCUCUUGGCAGCUCAGAUGGGCAGCUAAGGCUGCACAGCUCAUCUGGCUCCCUGUCAUUUCCCGCCCGACCUCUUUCUCAACCCUCAAUAUCUUCCUCUCCCCCUUUAUCACGGAGUCCCCAGUGUGCUCAGCUUUCUGGCCCCUUCUUCACGCCUUUUGAGGUCCUGCCUGUCAUUGGUUCUUUCACUACCUCUUCACCUCUCUCACCGACCUCCUGCUUAGGAACAGAGCUCAGAAGCCCGAGUGAGAGGACCUGACCACUUCCCAAUGUAUAGAGCAGGGAAUAAUUUAUUGCAUAAAUAUGUUAACGCUUUUUCGAGCGGCAUAGAAAUCUUGCCACUUUUCCUUGCCUGUUUGAAAACGAAGAACUGAUGAAGACGCCUCAAAUCAAUAGCUGACACAGCGAUUACCAACGGACAGAAGCCAGAGAGCUGUGCACCCUUCGAUCCUGCAAAGGCAGGGUGGGGUUAGAGAAAGAAAAGUGGGAGCCAAGGAACGGGGAUCAGGGCUGUUAUGAGGAAAUACUCUUGUUUCUGAAAAUGGAAAGAUCGUGAACUCCCAGAACCCGCUUCUUCGCCCGCCAACCUCUCAGCCUCCUGCCGCGGCGGCAGUCCCGGGCGCCAGGCCCAGCCGCAGGCCCGCCAAGGCUCGCGGCAAAGCUUGGCGCCCCCUAGCGCGCCUCCGCCGGAGGCGGCUGUGGGGCGGGCCCCUGAGCGGGCCGGCAGGGGCGGGGCCGCGGCGCGCGCCGGGGAAAUCCCUCCCGGGCCCUGACGUCACCGCGGCGCCGGCCAAUAAGAAGCCGGAGGGGGGAUUCCCGCGUCAGCUGCCGCCCUGCUGCCUUUUUAAAUGGUAUUGUGGGGAACACCGAGCAGCAGCGGUGACAGGAGUGGGGAACAUGGAGGAGGUAGUGAAAUAGAAUAGUCCUGAGGGACGAGACUCCAGGGCUUUGACAAUAGGACGUCAAGACUAGCUUAGACCUGGGAAGAAAACCAGAGGCGGUCGAGGAGAGGCCAAACGCCAGGCAGGGGGAAGUCAGCCGGAAAUGGAGUGGAAGCUGGAGCGCACCGCGCCUCGGAGGGUCCGCACCGAAGAGGAGGUGCUGUGGGAAAGUAUCAUGCGUGUGCUCGCCAAAGACUUGAAGCAGAAGAGAAGUCAGGGCUCCGCCAAGGUAUUUGAUUCAGUUAGUGCUACAUAUUUUGACUUUAAGAGCAACUUUGCGAAGAGGCUCUCCGCGGAGGUUCCUGUUGCGAGUAGUCCCAUUACCACAAGGUGGCGGCAAAGUCAAACUAGGGCUCUGUCCGCUGAUUCCUUUGGGGAAGAGGAGUCAAUCACCUACCUCCCAGAAGCUUCUGGAUCAGUGCUGAAGACAACGCCUGAGAAAGAUACCUUGACUCCAGGAUCCGGCAAAGAACCACCAAAGACCCCCAUCAAAGGAAGUUCUGAAACAAAUAACUCUGCCCUCCAUUUUUGCAAGGCACCUCAUGCAAUGGACAGACACUGGAAGGAAAACGUUGCCCCAAAAGGGCAGAAAUGCUUAAAACAACUUUUUGUAACCCAGAAGGUGGUUCAGCAGGCUAAUGGAAAAAUGCAGCUCUGUGAGCAAUCCCAGUGUGUUUGGAAAGGCUGCAAAGAUGGAGUCAGAGAUGAAUCCUUUCAUCUUAAAAGGUCCAGUGAUAUAAACUAUUCCAUACUCCAACCAGAGGUAAAGAUUCAUCUUACUGGUCUCCGAAAUGACUACUACCUGAAUCUCCUAGACUGGAAUUAUCAGAAUCUUGUUGCCAUAGCCCUGGGAUCUGCUGUAUACAUCUGGAAUGGGGAGAACCGCAAUGUGAUUGAAAACAUAGACUUAAGUCUCACUUGUAACUAUAUCUCUUCUGUGUCCUGGAUAAAAGAUGGAACUUGCCUGGCAGUUGGCACCAGUGAGGGAGAAGUACAAUUAUGGGAUGCGGUAACUAAAAAGCAGCUGAGAAAUAUGCUUGGUCAUUUGUCAGUAGUUGGGAGUCUGAGCUGGAAUCACUUUAUCCUUAGCAGUGGGUCAAGACUGGGGCAUGUCUAUCAUCAUGAUGUUCGGGUGGCCCAGCAUCAUGUUGGAACACUUCACCACAAGCAAGCUGUGUGUGCUCUGAAGUGGUCACCGGAUGGCAGGCUGCUUUCCAGUGGCUGCAGUGAUGGACUGCUGACAAUAUGGCCCCAUGAUCCAGGUGCCAGUGCACAUGGCCAACCGCUGAAAGUCAUAACUCAAUCUACAGCUGUCAAGGCCAUGGAUUGGUGUCCCUGGCAGUCUGGGGUCCUUGCCAUUGGAGGAGGAAUGAAGGAUGGACGCUUACACAUCUUGGAUAUAAAUGCUGGGAAGAGCAUCCAGACUCCAAGCACAAACUCACAGAUUUGUUCCUUAAUCUGGCUACCUAAGACAAAGGAGAUUACAACUGGCCAAGGUGCUCCCAAGAAUGAUGUAACUGUAUGGACCUGUCCCACUCUGUCCAGGUCAGGUGGGUUUUUUGGUAAGCAAAUGGGUGAGUAAAAUGCCACUAUAGCAAAGUGAGCUGUUGGGGGAAAAAGCCCCAAAUGAAAGAGUUUCUUUUGGUUUUUCUAAGCACAUACUUCAUCAGAGGGAAAAGUCCUACACCUACCCAACCUCAGAGAGCUAGUUGAGUGUUUCUGAAUUUAACUAAGAUUGUUCAUCACUUGAAGUCGUAUGUACAUGUUUAAAUUAAGUCAUAUGUAUAUGAAUGAUGCAGUGGUGAUCUUGGGCAGUUUUUGAAUUUGAGUUAGCAUCACAAAUUAUCUUAUUUUGAAGAAAAACCAGCGGUGCUAGAAUGGGUGGAAGACAAGGCAAUCUGAAAGGGCAAGACAUUAUUAUUAUUAUUUUUUAAAUUUUUUAUUGGAUUUUAGGUUUUGGGGUACAUGAGCAGAGCAUGUAAGACAGUUGCAUAGGAACACACAUGGCAGUGUGCUUUUCUUUCCUUCUCCCCUUCACCCACAUUUGGCAUUUCUCCCCAGGCUAUCUCUCCCCACCUCCCCCUCCCACUGGCCCUCCCCUUUUCCCCCCCAAUAGACCCCAGUGUUUAGUACUCCCCUUUCUGUGUCCAUGUGUUCUCAUUUUUCAUCACCCACCUAUGAGUGAGAAUAUGUGGUGUUUCAUUUUCUGUUCUUGUGUCAGUUUGCUGAGGAUGACGUUCUCCAGAUUCAUCCAUGUCCCUACAAACGACACAAACUCAUCAUUUCUGAUUGCUGCAUAAUAUUCCAUGGUGUAUAUGUGCCACAUUUUUCCAAUCCAGUCUAUUAUCAAUGGGCAUUUGGGUUGAUUCCAGGUCUUUGCUAUUGUAAACAGUGCUGCAAUGAACAUUCGUGUACAUGUGUCCUUAUAGUAGAACGAUUUAUAGUCUUUUGGAUAUAUACCCAGUAAUGGGAUUGCUGGGUCAAAUGGAAUUUCUAUUUCUAAGGCCUUGAGGAAUCGCCACACUGUCUUCCACAAUGGUUGAACUAAUUUACACUCCCACCAACAGUGUAAAAGUGUUCCUUUUUCUCCACAUCCUCUCCAGCAUCUGUUGUCUCCAGAUUUUUUAAUGAUCGCCAUUCUAACUGGCGUGAGAUGGUAUCUCAAUGUGGUUUUGAUUUGCAUCUCUCUGAUGACCAGUGACGAUGAGCAUUUUUUCAUAUGAUUGUUGGCCUCAUAUAUGUCUUCUUUCAUAAAGUGUCUGUUCAUAUCCUUUGCCCACUUUUGAAUGGGCUUGUUUGUUUUUUUCCUGUAAAUCCGUUUGAGUUCUUUGUAAAUUCUGGAUAUCAGCCCUUUGUCAGAUGGGUAAACUGCAAAAAUUUUUUCCCAUUCUGUUGGUUGCCGAUCCACUCUAGUGACUGUUUCUUUUGCCGUGCAGAAGCUGUGGAGUUUCAUUAGGUCCCAUUUGUCUAUUUUGGCUUUUGUUGCCAAUGCUUUUGGUGUUUUGUUCAUAAAGUCCUUGCCUAUUCCUAUGUCCUGGAUAGUUUUGCCUAGAUUUCCUUCUAGGGUUUUUAUGGUGCCAGGUCUUAUGUUUAAGUCUUUAAUCCAUCUGGAGUUAAUUUUAGUGUAAGGUGUCAGGAAGGGGUCCAGUUUCUGCUUUCUGCACAUGGCUAGCCAGUUUUCCCAACACCAUUUGUUAAACAGGGAAUCCUUUCCCCCUUGCUUGUUUUUGUCAGGUUUAUCAAAGAUUGUAUAGUUGUAGAUAUGUUGUGUUGCCUCCGGUGCCUCUGUUUUGUUCCAUUGGUCUAUAUCUCUGUUUUGGUACCAGUACCAUGCUAUUUUGAUUACUGUAGCCUUGUAGUAUAGUUUGAAAUCUGGUAGUGUGAUGCCCCCCGCUGUGUUCUUUUUGCUUAGAAUUGACUUGGCUAUGCGGGCUCUCUUUUGGUUCCAUAUGAAGUUCAUGGUGGUUUUUUCCAGUUCUGUGAAGAAAGUCAAUGGUAGCUUGAUGGGGAUAGCGUUGAUUCUGUAAAUUACUUUGGGCAGUAUAGCUAUUUUCAUGAUGUUAAUUCUUCCUAACCAUGAACAUGGAAUGUUUCUCCAUCUGUUUGUGUCCUCUCUGAUUUCGUUGAGCAGUGGUUUGUAGUUCUCCUUGAAGAGGUCUCUUACGUUCCUUGUGAGUUGUAUUCCAAGGUAUUUUAUUCUUUUUGUAGCAAUUGUGAAUGGUAGUUUGUUCUUGAUUUGGCUUUCUUUAAGUCUGUUAUUGGUGUAGACGAAUGCUUGUGAUUUUUGCACAUUGAUUUUAUAUCCUGAGACUUUGCUGAAGUUGCUUAUCAGUUUCAGGAGUUUUUGGGCUGAGGUGAUGGGGUCUUCUAGGUAUACUAUCAUGUCGUCUGCAAAUAGAGACAAUUUGGCUUCCACCUUUCCUAUUUGAAUACCCUUUAUUUCUUUUUCUUGCCUGAUUGCUCUGGCUAGAACUUCCAGAACUAUAUUGAAUAGGAGUGGUGAAAGAGGGCAUCCUUGUCUAGUGCCAGAUUUCAAAGGGAAUGCUUCCAGUUUGGGGCAAGACAUUAUUAUGUGUCAGGAGUCCACUAAUGACCAUGAGGCUUCCUCUGUGAACAUCUGCCCUUUCAAGGUGGACCGCUGUUCUUCUCAGCUUAGUUCUACAGAAUUUUACUGGGUACUUCCUGAGAGUACCCAUGACAAGGAGCAAGAACCAAGCCCUGUCCUCUGGGCCUUAAAUCUUCUUUUAUGCAAUCUAGAAUGUUCAAGGGUGCUCAAGGGUGAGUAGAAUCUCUCCUCUACCCAGCCCAGGGAAACAGGUAGACAAAACUCAUGGUUAAUGCAAGAACAGGGCACUGGCAUCCAAUCUCUUGUAGAACUUUGAUUAUAUAUCCUGUCUUUUUCCUCUCUCCACUCAACCUGGCCUCCUGGUCAAUCUCUGGGAUUUACUUAUUUAUUAUUUAUUUAUGAAGCGUCUAUUAUGUGCUGGCACUUUUUUGGGGUGCUGGGGAUAUACAGAUGAACAAGAGAGACAAUGUCCUUGCCCUCAGGGAACCUACACUUCUGUGAGAGGAGACAAACAGAAAACAAAUAUAUGCAAUGUUAGGUGGUGAUAAUACAUGACUCUGGAGAUUCUGAGAAUGUUAAUUGGCAACAGUGAAACAACCUUAUCAGAUAGACUUCCUGUCUCUGAUGGUGAGCCUGACUGGACCUUUGCUCAGCCUCAGAAUAAGCUAGUCAGCUGUCACACUCUGUGGCCUGGUAAAUCAGAAUACAGGCAACUCUUAACAGAGCCAUUUUGGUUCAGAUACAAGUGUAGGAAGAGCAUGAAUCAAUUCUCAUAUUUUUAAUCAAAAGACAUGCAAUUCCCUGGACCUUUUCAGAUUACAGAAGUAUUUUAAAUCAAGCCUUAAAACCUGGUUCUUUACAAAGUUAAUUCCAGCAGAUUGGGGCUUCAGUUAGGUUGGGGCUUGUGAUAGGAUAUUCAAAUCAAUUUGCUGAUGCUUGGAAUAAAGAAAGUACUUAUCAGGUGUAUUUCCUUGUUUUUCUGGCUUUACGAGCUCUAAGUACUUUACUUUUAACUCCUUGUGAUUUUUUUUCAUUAAUAUUAGACAGAAUUUCAAAGAGUGCAUUUAACCUUUUCUUUUAAAAUAUAGUUGGAGAUGAAGUUACCUUUGAGCUCUUAGACACUUACUUUCAUCUCUAACUCAGUAGUUUCUUCUACAUACAGUAUAUCUCAAAAAUGUUUAACAGUUAUAAAAAACAUGUAUACAAAAAGUUGUCAUACAAAAACAUGUCGGUCAGUAAGUUUGAAAAUUUGGGGUUAAACUAGAACUGUUUUUUUUUUCUUUUUCUCUUUCUUUCUUUCUUUUUUGAAACAGAGUCUCACUCUGUCGCCCAGGCUGAAGUUCAGUGGCACAAUCUUGGCUCACUGCAACCUCUGUCUCCCAGGUUCAAGCAAUUCUCCUGCCUCAGCCUCCCUAGGAGCUAGGACUACAGGCACCAACCAUGAUUCCCAGCUAAUUUUUGUGUAUUUUUAGUAGAGACAUGGUUUCCGCAUGUUGGCCAGGCUGGUCUUGAACUCCUGACCUUAGGUGAUCCACCCACCUCGGCCUCCCAAAGUGCGGGGAUUACAGGCAUGAGCCACUGGGCUCAGCCAGUGUUUUGUUUCUUAAGGACCUUCCAAAGGCUUAGAUAGAUUAGUGUAUUGUGCAUCACCAAGAGAAGGUGAUAGCGUUCAUUGUUUCCCAAACACAUUUGGGAAAUCUGUUGUCAGGGGCAUCUUGAAGUACUUGUUCCAUGAACACACUCAGGGAGCACUGCUGUGUCCCCUGCCACUGUUUAGGUAUUUAAUAGUUAUGGCUUUUGUUGUGAGACUAUCUUUCCAUUGUGGGUCAAGGACAGUGCUCUCAACAUAAACCUGGUGAUUGAGAUCUGGAUUAGGCUCUUCAAACUGGGAGUUGUGAUCAUUGGAAUAUGAACAUAGUGAGUCAAAAUCAGCAAUAAAAAGUGAACUAGAAUAGUAUAGGAUGGGAAAAUGGAAAACUAGGUAGUAUUUUGUGAAACUUUUGUUGUAGUUAUGUAGUACCUAUAUGUGCCUAUGUAUGGGGUUGCUACAUAAAAUGUAGUUUUAGCUGUGGGUUGUGGUCACAAAGUUUGGGACAAAACUAUUCUAGAUUCUGGUCACACCUUUGCUAAGCCUCAUCCUGUUAACCAUAGUCAUGAUUUUUUUGGGGGGGCAUAUUUUAGUUAAAGAGGCCUCACCCACCUGACCACAGAAGAAAGAUAACCUAUAAUUAUUCCCACCUACUAAAGUGUUGUAAUGUUUAAGCUUUAAAAUAGGAGGAGGCAGUUUUUAUAGCUUGUAGGGUGAGCUCUGGCCUUUGGCUUGGUUUCAUCAUUCCAUGUAUCAAUCUGUGGUCUCAUGACUACAGCUGCAGAAAGAAGACAACAUUUUCAUGCGUUCAGAGUCUGUAUUCUUAGAAUUUGGGAAAAUAAACCCUAAAAAGGACUUUUGUCAGAUGUAAAGGUGGCAUUUCCCACUAUCUGGUAAAUUAAGAUUGUCAUUGAUGUGAGAGAAAAAGCUUCAAGAAUACCUUUGCAUCCCAUCCAAAUGCCAUUUUUCUAACAAAUUUGAGAAGUUGCUUUCUAAUUUUUAAGUCAAGAUAGUUUCAGUACAUGCCUUGGAAAAGAGUUGGGAUUUCCCCCCCUUCUGUCAUUCCUUUCCCUUUUUUUCUUCUUCAUCAUAAUACAAAAUAAUGAAGGCAUAUUUAUUACCUAUUAUAUUUAUUGAAUAGAUUUUAUUUCUUAUUAAUUUAAAUGCAUUAGUGCAGCCUGGGCAACAUAGUGAGAAUCCAUUUCUAUAAAAAAUACAAAAAUCAGCCAGACGUGGUGUCACACUCCUGUAGUCCCAGCUAUUUGAGAGGCUGAGGUGGGAGGAUCACUUGAAUCCAGAAGGUUGAGGCUUCAAUGAGCUGUGUUUGCACCACUGCACUCCAGUCUGGGUGACAGAAUGAGACCCUGUCUCAAAAUAAAUAAAUUUUAAAAAGUAUUAGGAUUCUAUUAUGUAUUUAUGCUCUUAUUUUUAAGAGGCUGGAUCUUGCUAUGUUUCCCAGGCGGGAGUGCAGUGGCUAUUCACAGGCUUGAUCAUAGUGCACUGCAGCCUUAACACCUUGCUUUAAGCGACCCUCCUGAGUAGCUGGGACUGCAGGCAUGUGCCACCAAGUCCAUCUCCUAUAUUGAUCAUUUUAAAACAACUAAAUCAAGUUGCUUUUCAUUUAUAUGGUUUUAUUAUUAUUAUUUUUUAAAUAAUAGACAAUGGUCUUCCAUAAAAAAAAGAGAUUCUCUUUUUUUUUUUUUUUUUGAGAUGGAGUUUCGCUCUUGUUACCCAGGCUGGAGUGCAAUGGCGCGAUCUCGGCUCACCGCAACCUCUGCCUCCUGGGUUCAGGCAAUUCUCCUGCCUCAGCCUCCUGAAUAGCUGGGAUUACAGGCACGCACCACCAUGCCCAGCUAAUUUUUUGUAUUUUUAGUAGAGACAGGGUUUCACCAUGUUGACUAGGAUGGUCUCGAUCAAUUGACCUCGUGAUCCACCCGCCUCGGCCUCCCAAAGUGCUGGGAUUACAGGCUUGAGCCACCACACCCGGCCAAAAAGAGAUUCCUUAGUCAGGGUUUGGAGUGUGGUCUGAAUUGUCAGAGCAUUGAAUUGGAUCCUACUUUUGGUUCUGUCAUUAAUUAGCUGUGUGAGCUUGGGCAACGCAUUUGGUAUCCCCAUAUAUUUUCCUUCACCUAUAAAACAAGGGGCUUGCAUUGUCUUUAUAAAUCAAAACUUCUUUAUGUCCCAACACAUCUAAGGCCAAUCCCAUGUUCCCUUAGUGACACCCCUUACUGGUAUGUGCAUGUGUGUAUGUGCACACAUGUGCGUGCACGCAGGCAUGCACAUGCACAGGCACAUAGGAGAGUGUUGGAAGUGAUGUGUGUAGUUGAAAUAAAUGUCAAAUAUGUCUCUUUUGGGAGUGGAAUAGUAUUUUUACACUCCUUUCUGCUUGUAUCAGAAUACAUAAUCAUCUCUGAAAUUCCAGCUCUCAAUUGAGUUGUAGGUAGCACUGGUCCUUUGAACAGUGACCACCCAUCUAGUUUUAUUUCAGUUGCACCCUCAAAUACCUACCCACUGAAGACCAUAUCUGACCUCCUUCUCUCCCUCAUUUUCCUAGCCCCAGGCUCCUUUCAUAGAGUCAGCUUCACCUAUUUUGGCCUAAAGUUUUGAUCGUUAAAAUCACUGUUGGAUUGGGCCAGAUUUUGCAAAGCAUUUUCUAAGGGGCACUAGUCCCUUGAGAUGCUCAGAUUAAAAGAACUCCGUGGUCAGAUAAGUCUGAGAAGUGCUGCCUAUUACAGCAUCAUUUCCAGAACAUUUAUAAUGCUUAUAGUAGUCCUAAAAUAAAUAAAUCCUGAAAUAAGGAAAUGUUAAACUUUCUCAACUUGAAGCUUCCAAAUUAGUAUGAACAUUAAAACAGUCUUUUCAUUUUUAAUGCUUAUUAACCUCCCAACUUCCUACAGGACUACUGUGCCAUAGAAUGUUCUUUGGUAAAUAAUCAUUUAACAGAAGAAGGUGCAUUGUCUCCAGAAUUUCCUAAGUGCGACUCAUGCAUGCUCUGUGGGAGAGCUUUUUGGGUCCUUUUUCAUUAAGCUACUUCGGUUUGUCUGAUUCGUUUAUUGUAACCUGGGCCCCAAUGGGGUACUUUUGGGGUAGGGCUGGGGUAUGUGGCAGGAGCAUAGUACUGGCAUUCUUAGGAAUGGGUGGAUUAGAGAAGACAGAACUAACAACAGUAUAGAGUACAAAGGGUGUGGUAGGUUGAUAAGUGGUCUCCUAAAGAACAUCCAUGCUAACUCUCUGGAACCUCAGAAUGGGACCUCUUUGGAAAAAUUGCAUUUGGAGAUGUCAUUAAGUAUCUUGUCAUAAAAUCAUCCUGGAUUAUCCAGUGGCCCUAAAUCCAAUGACAAGUAUCCUUGUGAGAGACACACAGAGGAGAAGAGACACACAGAAGAGGAGGUGACAUGGCCACAGAGACAGAGUCUGGAGUGAUGUGGCCACAAAUCAAGGACUGCCAAUAGCUGCAAGGCACAGAAUCCCCCAGAGAGCAUCCCUAGGGAGCACAGCCACUCUGACCCCAUGGUUUUAGAAUUCCCAUCUCCAGAAUUGUGAGAAUCAAUUUCUGUUGUUUUAAGCCAUCCCAUUGGUGGUAACUUGUUAUGGCAGUCACAGGACACUGAUACAGGGGCAAGAGCACUGAGGGAGAAAACUGUCCCAGUCAGCCCUGACUGCUGUCUCCCAGCACGGCUCAGUUGGUGCCAGCUCUGAACCUGAUGGGUAUAGGAAAGUCCUUUAGCCUGAAAUGGGACUCAUGGUCCCACCUUACAUUGCCUAAAGUCCUGAGCAGCAGCCCAUGUAACAUGGAGUAUGAACUGUCUUUCCUUUUUCCCCCAGGCCACAGGGGCAGAGUGCUGCACCUGGCUUUGAGUCCAGACCAGACCCAGGUGUUUUCUGCUGCAGCUGAUGGGACGGCCUCCAUAUGGAGUUGCUACUAGCACCCAGCCCCUCUAGAUUUCAGUUUCCUCAUUUCUAAAUGAAGAUGAUGAUGUUGGCCAUGCCUUCUCCAUGGGGUUUUUAUGAGUAUCAAACAAGUUGAAAUACUCUUCUUGAUGUAAAUGCCUAUUCUCCUGUUAUUCUUUCUUAGAUUGCUUUAUUCACUCUGCUUUGCAGAGAUUGACUUCUUUUCUUCUCUGCUUUCCUCUUUCUGCCCCCUUCCUCCCCUUCUUACUCCUUUCUAGAGAUUCAUUGUCACUGCUUUAUUGAAAAUAACAUCUACAGCAACGAUUUCUACUUCUUUCCCAUCUAACUUUUCUUCCCAGCUCCAAACCUCAUAUUUCUGAUUGCCUCGAGAUAGUUCCCUUUUGAGAUUCUUUUCUCUCUUUAGCUUAAUCUCAACACAUUGAAAACACAACUUGUUCCCUUAAGAAAACAUUUAUUAAAAUCUCACUGUAUGUUAGGUGGUAUGUUAAGCAUGCAUAUUACUUUCUCUAAAAAUCAGUUCUGUAGGAAUUCCUUUCCCCUCCUUAUGGUCUCACCCUUGUCCUGGUCCCCCACUCAGGGAUCCUCCUGAUUAUUCUGCUCUGUGCUUCCUCGGUUCACCCUUUGCUCUUUCUUCUUUUGCUUCACUUAGUCACAUCCUGAGUGCCUAACAGCCAGUCUGCUUAGAACUGAUGCUCUUGAGUCUCCUCCUGAUUUCACACCACUGCUAGAUUAAACAUCUUAAAGUCCUGCGCUGAUCCUCUUAGUCCCCUGCUCAUAAGCUCUCAAUGACACCCUGUUACCAAACACCUUUGGCUUCUGGAGUCUGGAGCCCAGGACCUGAAGUUAGGAGAUCUGUUCUUGCCUUGGCUCUGCCAUAAAUACACCCUGUAACCUUAGAUGUGUUGCAACAUCUGCAAGGAUAGGAAUUUGGAUCUGAUCACUGCUAAGGUUCCUUCGAACUGAUCACUUUAUGAAGACUUUGGCUCAGUCUUGUGAUUUCUUGCCUCAUUGGAGCUUUUCUUCUCAUCUGAAUCCUUGCUUCUCUCUCCUUUUCCUUUACACACCUGCACAAGUCCUAAUCUCUCCGGGAAGUGUUUCAAAAUGAUGUUACCUGGGUUUGAGUUCUUGGCAUUUGUCUAUGUCAUCUAUUUAGUAUUAUUAAACUAUUAUAGUUGUUUAAAAACA